UUCCGGAGGUGUUGUGUACACGGGCCGCUGCUACACAAGCACAAAGUCGCUCCGGGAGAGCUGGACCCGAACCACCGAGCCAACAUGGACCCGAACCGGAUCAUCCAGGCUCUGAAGGGAACCAUCGACCCCAACCUGCGGCUGGCCGCGGAGAGCGAGCUCAACCAGUCCUACAAAAUCAUCAACUUCGCCCCCACCCUGCUGCAGAUCAUCCUGUCAGAGCAGGUGGAGUUCCCUGUACGCCAGGCAGCGGCAAUCUACCUGAAGAACAUGAUCAGUCAGUACUGGCAGGACCGAGAGCCGUCUGUGGGGGAAGUGAUGUUUCCCUUCAACAUCCACGAGAACGACCGGCAGCAGAUCAGAGACCACAUUGUAGAGGGGAUCAUCCGUUGUCCAGAAUCCAUACGCGCCCAGCUGACCAUGUGUCUGAGAGCCAUCAUCAAGCAUGACUUCCCUGGCCGCUGGACCGCCAUCGUGGAUAAGAUCAGCAUGUACCUGCAGUCUCAGAGCAGCGGCGGCUGGUACGGCAGCCUGCUGGCUCUCUACCAGCUGGUCAAGACCUAUGAGUACAGGAAACCCGAGGAGAGGCAGCCCAUGCUGGCAGCCAUGGCCAUCUUUCUUCCCAGGCUCCAGCUGCUGAUGAGCCAGCUGAUGGCUGAUUCCACCAUCUUCUCUGUGCUGAUCCAGAAACAGGUCCUGAAGGUCUUCCACGCCCUCGUACAGUACUCCCUGCCCCUCCACCUGAUUAACAACACGGUGAUGACUCAGUGGAUGGAGAUGCUGCGAGCCGUCAUGGACAGAGACGUUCCUACUGAGACGCUGGAGGUGGAUGAGGACGACCGUCCAGAGCUGGCGUGGUGGAAGUGUAAGAAGUGGGCGCUGCGGAUCAUCACCAGACUGUUUGAGCGGUAUGGAAGUCCUGGAAACGUGACAAAGGAGUACUGUGAGUUUGCGGAAUUCUUCCUGAAGACGUACACAGUGGGGAUGCAGCAGGUGCUGCUGAAGGUGGUGGACCAGCACAGGCAGAGGCAGUACGUCACCCCUCGAGUCCUGCAGCAGAGUCUCAUCUACCUCCACCAGGGACUCUCACACUCACUCACCUGGAAACAGAUGAAGCCUCACAUGCAGACCAUUUGUCAGGAGGUGAUCUUCCCUCUGAUGUGCUACAAAGAUGAAGACGAGCGGCUGUGGCAGGAAGACCCCUACGAGUACAUCCACAUGAAGUUCAACCUGUAUGACGACCAUGCCCUCCCAGCAACCGCCGCUCAGAGCCUGCUGUGUAAAGCUGCCCGGAAGAGGAAAGAGAUUCUGCCUCAGAUGAUGGACUUCUGCCACCAGAUCCUGAUGGAUCCCUCUGCAGACCCCCGCAAAAAGGAUGGGGCUCUGCAUUGCAUCGGAGCUCUGGCUGAGCUGUUACUGAAGAAACGGGUGUACAGGGACCAGAUGGAGAUCAUGUUACAGAACUACGUUUUCCCGCUGCUGAACUCUCCUCUGGGUUACCUGCGUGCUCGGUCCUGCUGGGUUCUGCAUUGCUUCAGUCCGCUGCGUUUCCACGACGAGGUGGUGCUCCGAAACGCUGUGGAGCUGGUCAAACAAGACCUGAUCGAUGACAAAGAGAUGCCCGUGAAGGUGGAAGCUGGCAUCGCUCUGCAGGCGCUGGUCAGCAACCAGGAACAAGCCAAGCUGUACAUCCGGCCGUACAUUUGCCCCGUCAUGCAGGAGCUGCUGCAUGUGGUCAAAGAGACAGAGAACGACGACCUCACCAACGUCAUACAGAAGAUGAUCUGCGAGUACAACCAGGAGAUGACGUCCAUUGCUGUGGACAUGACCCAGAACCUGGCGGAGAUCUUCAGCAGGGUCCUUCAGAGCGAAGAGUACGAGGAGAACGAGGACAAGACUGUGAUGGCUCUGGGCAUCCUGAGCACCAUAGACACCAUCCUGACCGUCAUGGAGGACCACAAGGAGAUCACUCAGCAGCUGGAGGGAAUCUGUCUGCAGGUGAUCGGGCUGGUCCUGCAGAAGCCCAUCAUAGGUAUGGCAGAGUUUUACGAGGAGAUCCUGUCGCUGGCGUUCGGCCUCACCUGUCAGACCAUCUCACCUCAGAUGUGGCAGCUGCUGGGCGUGCUCUACGAGGUUUUCCAGCAUGACUGCUUCGACUACUUCACAGAUAUGAUGCCUCUACUUCACAACUACGUUACUGUGGAUACGGACAUGCUCCUGUCCAACCCCAAACAUCUGGAGGUUAUCUACAACAUGUGUAAGAAGGUGCUGACGGUGGAUGCAGGUGAGGACGCAGAGUGCCACGCAGCUAAACUCUUGGAAGUCAUCAUCCUGCAGUGUAGAGGGAGAGGCAUCGACCAGUGCAUUCCUCUGUUUGUGGAGACGGUGUUGGAGCGUCUGAUGCGGGGCGUGAAGUCCAGCGAGCUGAGGACCAUGUGUCUGCAAGUGGCCAUCGCUGCUCUUUACUACAACCCCCAUCUGCUCAUCCACACCAUGGACAACAUGCAGCUGCCGCACAGCCCACAGUCCAUCACAGCCCACUUCAUCAACCAGUGGAUGAACGACACCGAGUUCUUCCUAGGACUCCACGACCGGAAGAUGUGCAUCAUCGGCCUGAGCGUGCUGAUGGAGCUGCCCGGACGCCCGGCAGCCAUGGAGAGGGUCGCAGCUCAGAUCGUCCCCUCCAUCCUUCUCCUCUUCCUUGGGCUCAAACACCUGUACUCCUCCCGUCUGGUGGACAAGCCGGAUCUGCUGGCCCGCGCUGGGGCUCCGGAGGAGGAGCAGAACGAGGAGAUUCCCAGCGAUGAAGACGAGGUGACGGAGAGCCAGAGACAGACGUCGGCCAUGGUGGCCAGCCAGGGGGGCGGCGAUGACGACGAGGAGGAGGACGACUACUGGGAUGAAGAUGGCUUUGAAGGAACCCCCCUGGAGGAGUACAGCACACCGCUGGACUACGACAACGGAGAGGACGAGUACGAGUUCUUCACGUCGGCGCUGCUCAGGAUCCAGAACUCUGAUGCUGCAUGGUACCAGUGUUUGACGACUCCGCUCAGCGAUGACCAGAAGAAGCAGCUUCAGGAGAUCUACAGCAUUUCACAGCAGAGACGGAGCACUGCAGCCAAGGGCCACUGAACCCCGAGGAGAGAGACAGAAUCAGGGGGAAGUUUUUAAAGCGGGGUGAGUGGAGCCGUGAGACGCUGCUCUGACCUGACCUGGACUGGGUUCAGCUCGCUCCACCAGCUCAGCUCAGCCCAGACCAGCUCUAAUGGACCUCACCAGGAUGGCGUUCCAGGGUUCCAUCGAGACUCCGGGGUUCCAGGAUGUAGAGCUGCUCAGCCCGUCUUCAUCUUUGUGGUGGAACACCCGUUCAUCACUGGAGUGGGGGGGUCAGGGUGCCUUGUUCUUAGACUGCAGACGGACCAGCCGGUCUGAUGUCAGAGGACUCCAGCGGUCGAUGUCACAUGUCUGACAUGUGAAGUGGGCGGGGUCUCUGUGUUGGGCCCUCUGGCUUUUGUUUUUGUAACUUUUUCAGAAGUGAUUUAAGAAAAACCAUAAAAGUUUAUGUAACAGUC